AUGUUAGUAGGAACCCUGUCUAGCUUGGUGGGGGGAGCCGUUUAUCCCUGUGUUGCCAUCAUCUUCGCCAAGAUCAUUGGAGUGUUUUCCGAGGUUGACCCGGAAGUCAAACGACAGAAAACCAUGAUGUUUUCCCUGCUCUUCCUUCUCAUCGGAGGAGUGGCUUUUGUCACCUACUUCCUAAAGGGUUACAUGUUUGGAAAAUCAGGAGAGCUUCUUACCAUGAGGCUGAGGAGGCAGGUAUUCCAUGCCAUGAUGAGACAGAACCUUGCUAAAAAGCAUUCCUUACAGGAGAUUGGAUGGUUUGAUGACAACAACAAUGCAGUGGGAGUUCUAACCACCAGAUUGGCCACAGAUGCAUCUCUGGUUAAAGGGGCGACUGGGUCUAGGUUGGGUCUGGCCACCAACACAGUCUGUGCUCUCACCAUGGCCAUUGUGGUGGCCUUCAUCCACAGCUGGCAGCUCACCCUCGUCAUCCUCGCCUGUGUGCCCUUCCUCAUUGGAGCCGAAAUCAUUCAGAGGAGGGCCACGGCAGGCCACGCCUCCAAAGACCAGGGUGCCCUGGAGCAGUCUGGGAAGUACAACACUGUCCUUUUCUUUCGCAGUGUGUUUUCUGUGAUCACAUUUGCUGCCAUGAACAUAGGAGAAUCAGCAUCUUUUGCUCCUGACUUUGACAAAGCGAAAGCAGCUGCUGGGAGAAUUCUUGGCUUGUUGGAGAAGAAACCAGAGAUUGACAUUUGCAGUGAGGAGGGAGAGAAGCCAACGGACUUUGUCGGGGACAUUGAGUUCCGAGGGAUCCACUUUGCGUACCCGACCCGUCAGAACGUGAGGGUUCUCCAGGGGUUGAGCGUGUCAGUGGGGCCUGGUCAGACCCUGGCCCUGGUCGGGGAGAGUGGCUGUGGGAAAAGCACCUCCAUACAACUGCUGGAGCGCUUCUAUAGCCCUGCUGAAGGACAAGUGUUAGUGGAUGGGUUGGAUACUAAGACCCUGAACCUGUCGUGGCUGAGGUCUCAGCUGGGCCUGGUGUCCCAGGAGCCCAUCCUGUUCGACUGCAGCAUCUCAGAGAACAUCCAGUACGGGGACAACAGCAGAGAGGUCUCCCAGGAUGAGAUAGAGGAGGCAGCCAAGAACGCCAACAUCCAUGACUUCAUCAUGGGCCUGCCAGAGAAAUACAAUACCAGGGUUGGGGACAAGGGGACCCAGAUGUCUGGAGGUCAGAAACAGAGGAUAGCCAUUGCCAGAGCUCUGGUCAGACAGCCUAAAGUACUGCUGCUGGAUGAAGCCACUUCCGCCCUGGACACAGAGAGUGAGAAGAUUGUCCAACAGGUUUUAGACGCCGCCCGGCAGGGCCGCACCUGCAUCGUGAUCGCCCACCGCCUGUCUACCAUCCAGAAUGCAGACCAGAUAGCGGUAAUUCAGUAUGGUCAGGUGACAGAGCAGGGUACACAUACUGACCUCAUGGCUAAAGGGGGGGCUUACUAUGCCCUGGUCAACGCACAGGUCACCCACUAACUCAUAUUCAGAUUGAUGUUUUGCAGCGUAUUUACUGUUCUGUUGAAUGUUGUUUUGUGAGCUCUUUUCAUUGAGCUGCACUUCUUAGCCAGGUCCCCCUUGAGAAAGAGGUCUCCUGUCCAUAAUGGGACUUCCUGGUUAAAUAAAGGUUAUAUAUACAAAUGUAUAAAGAAUAAGGAAUCUAUAUGGAUAAUGGUAUGGUAGCCAUAACUCACUUUGAACGGACUACUAAAAUGAUGUUGAAUUGCAUGAUACAAACUGUCUCAUUGUCAGUUGGUUUGAUCACAUGUAGGUGGUAAACUGAAAUGUAGCCUAUUGGGUUCCUGUGCUUUUGGGUUCCUCACUGUAUGACUCACUUUAGCCUAAGGCUGGAACACGGACAUCAGCGUAAAUAAGUCUUGAUAAGCUGCCUGGAAUGAAGGAACUGUUCUUGACCAUGGCACCUUUCAUUGUCUGAAGACAACAAGUACAGUAUGUAUUUCUAUAAGGAAAACAGUAAGACACAUUAUCACAGUUAAAUGACUGGAUAAAAGCAGUGAUUAGGAAAGGUUGUAUACCUGUAAAUAUGAGAGGUUGAUGUUCAGAAGACUGUUGUAUGUUACUGUAUACUGUGAUAUUUUGAUUAUUUUAAACAGGGACACUAUGCUCUAGAAGGCAAAGUAUGCAUUGAAGAAUAUCUAUAUAUUUAAAUUAGUACGCUAUGUAAGGCUGUUACUUGUUUGUAAAUAUGCAUUCAAAUAAAACAUUAGAUCCCAUAACAUGUUAUUUUUAAC